UCUCUUGUCAAUCUGACGUAACUCUGUAUAAUCAAACAUCUGAAGUAAAAAAAAAAAAGUAGAUUCCGCAGAAAACUACACCACAUGAUUAUGCAGACGAAGGUCAUCGUGGUGACCUUGUGCACCGGCCUGUGAUAAAAGCUCCAUAAGACCCCGGUUCCAAAGAAAACACGUAACAGUCAGCGAUGUCUCGCCAAUGGUCCUUCCUCGCGGCAGUGGUCCUCGUGGCCCUAGCAGUCGAGAGGGUAACGCAGACUACAGCCACCGGGAGCUCGUUAACGGAGGGGGCGCCCAACUACAACAACGAGUACAUUAUGUCGGCUUGCCCUCACAUUAUACGAAGAAUAGCUACUCCACAGCAGAUUAGUGUUCAACAAAAAGGAGACCUGUAG